AUGUCAUUAUUAAAAUAUGGUACAAUUUUUACAGGAGUAGGUAUUCAAAGUAUUCAAGUUAAAGUCCAAACAUCCAAUGAAAAUACACUUGGUAUUAUUCAAAAAAUAAUAAAAAAUGAAAACUAUAGAAAUAAUUUCUUUAUUGGUAUUAUAUCUUCAUUUGGAUCACUCAUUGCAACUACCAAUGUAAGAAAUUUGGUUUUUAAAUCCAUUGACUUUUUUGUUAAAGAUAAUGAACCUUUGUUGCAACAAAGGAUGUUUUCAAUUUUAGAAGAUAUAAAAUCAAGACCAAUCGAGUUUUUAAUCUGUGUUUUAUAUUCAUCAGGGGUUCGUUUAAUUCAAAUUAAAACAAAUACUUUAAUUCAAAAUGCAAUAUUAGGAUACUAUAUGGAAAACUAUAAAUAUAUUAAACAAUUCUCCACUACCAAAAAAUAUAUUAUCAAAGCACUUUAUUAUAUUCUUUCAAAGCCAUUGGUCUCAUGUCUACUUAUAGCUUUUUUAAAUGUACCAUUUAAAAACAUUUCAGCUCAAUACUGUAAAAAAUUCUUAGAGUCAUCUAAAAAUGAAAUUACCCUAAUUAAAUCAAAUCCUAUCUCCAUAACUAUUCAACUUUUAAAAGAAAAAGGAUUUAUUGGUGCUUUUUAUACCGGUAUGGUUCAUAAUUAUUUAUUUAAUCUUUCAGGUUUAUUAAAUAAAUUCACAAAAUAA